AUGAUGUUGCUUCUAGGUGCAGCUGUCGGAUUAAUAGCCUAUUAUGUUUACAAGUCCAUAAAACCGCCGGCACCAAUUCCGCUUCCUGAGAAUGUAUCUGAGAUCUGUCCAAGAAUCAAGCUCAAUGAUGGCAGAUAUUUGGCCUACAGAGAAUUAGGUUUGCCAAAGGACAAAGCCAAAAAUAAAAUAAUCAUUCUUCACGGAUAUGGAAGUUCCAAGUUGGUGGAUUUAAAAAUCACUAAGGAAAUGAUUGACGAAUUUGGGAUAUACUUCUUGCUCUUCGAUAGAGCUGGUUAUGGAGAAAGCGAUCCUCAUCCGUCACGAACAAUAAAAACGGAUACAUAUGACAUCGAAGAAAUCGCUGACAAAUUGCAAAUCGGUCCAAAGUUCCAUGUCUUAGGAAUGUCACUCGGGGCUUACCCUGUUUACGGCUGUCUCAAAUACAUCCCUCAUAGACUAAGUGGAGCAACGCUGGUGGUUCCAUUACUGAAUUAUUGGUGGAGUCGUAUGCCUCAAGACUUGAUGAGUUCGGCUCUCAAGAAAUUACCAGUUCAGAACCAAUGGACGUUUCGAGUUGCACACUACGUUCCAUGGUUGUUCUAUUGGUGGAUGACUCAGAAAUGGUUCUCACCGUUUAGUCAGAAUCCAAGAGAAACUAUGACCGAGCGAGACAUAGAACUCGCGGAUAAGCAUACCAAACACGCCUAUAUCAAGGAAUCAGCUCUGCGACAAGGAGAAUAUGUGAGCAUGCAACGAGACAUGAUUGUGGGUUUCGAGAAUUGGGAGUUUGAUCCGACCGAACUCGUCAACCCAUUUUCAGAUGAUAACAAAGGGUCUGUUCACAUUUGGUGUGCACUCGAAGACAAACAAAUAUCGCGCGAGGUUUUACUCUACAUAUGUGAUAAGCUGCCAUGGAUAAAGCUUCAUCAAGUCCCUGAAGCUGGACAUCUUAUUAUCCAUGAGAAGCAGCAUUUUGAAGAUAUUAUUAAGACCGCUUGUAGUUGA